UGCGUUUGUUCGAAUUUCCAGAUAAAGCCACUUACAAGCCUGCAAGCAAACUUUCGCCGCCAUCAUGCUCGCGCCGGGUCUUCGCCCCGGCAUCAACACCGCUCGGGGCAAUGUCAUUCCAUCGGCGACUGCAGCCCCAGCCGGAAGCACCGGAAUCAUGGGCGCGGUUCGUUUUCGGCCCUGCAUCGACAUCCAUAAGGGGAAGGUGAAGCAGAUUGUGGGUUCCACGCUCAAGGACCUGCCAGACACCCCGGGGUCCUCCUCUGCAACAGCGGAGCUCAAGACCAACUUUGUUUCUGACAAACCUGCUUCCUGGUUCAGCGAGCUCUACCGGCGGGAUGGGCUGACGGGCGGCCACGUCAUUAUGCUGGGGGCGGACUCGGACAGCAAGCGCACCGCCCUGGAGGCUCUGCGCGCCUGGCCGGGCGGCUUGCAGCUGGGCGGCGGGGUGACUGCUGACAACGCGGCGGAGUGGCUGGACGCGGGGGCGAGCCACGUGAUCGUCACGUCGUACGUGUUCAGGGAGGGGCGGCUGGAGGAGGAACGGCUGAAGCAGCUGGUGAAGCUGGUGGGCAAGCAGCGGCUAGUGCUGGACCUCAGCUGCCGCAAGCGGGAGGGGCAGUACUGGGUGGUGACGGACAGGUGGCAGCGCUUCUCCUCGCUGUGCCUCUCCCCUGCCACCCUCUCCUCCCUUGCCGCCAGCUGCGACGAGUUCCUGGUACACGGGGUGGAUGUGGAGGGCAUGCAGCUGGGGAUCGAUGAGGAGC